UCUGUCAUCCGCCCUCCACCCACUUCUGCUUUAUAAUUCUCAUCCGGUGGCCUUGUAAGGUUUGUAUUCUAAUAAAUUGCGAGGACACCUCCCACCCAUCUCAUCAGUUAGCUAGAAUUUCGUUUUCUUUAAUGCGACAAAAAAUAUAAAAGAACAGCAGAAGAAGAAGAAGAAGAAGAAGGAGAAGACGAGGCAGGGGCAGAAAGAAUGGAGGGUUCUACUGCUUACCACCGCAUUUGAGCGUUUGAUAUUGGGACUGCUGACUUUGAUACAUCGAGAGAGGCGGAGGCUGGACUCGUUCUUCUCGGCGACUUUUUGGAAGCCUUUCUUUUCUUGCUUUCGCACAUGACCAACUGACGCGGGCAGGCCGAAAACAGAGAGAGGCAGAGAGAGACGGAGAAACAGAGAUUACCCAGAAGCGAGAAGCGAGAAGCGAGAAGCGUCCCACCACCUGAUAGGGUAAGGCGAUGGGGAGCAAGGCGCUGGAUGGGGCGAGGGAGGCCGCACGCUCCGCCGUGGAGGCGAUGGGGCAGGGGUGCGACUUGGCCAUCGACCUCAGGCUCAGGUACUGCAAGAAGUCGAGGCUGGUCAGCAUCACCGACGACCCCGCCCGCCGCCACACCAUCUCCAUCCCCGGCGUCGGCAUCUCCAUCCCCAACGUCCCCACCACCGUCCACUGCGACAAGGGCGAGCGCAUGCGCUUCAGCUCCGACGUCCUCUCGUUCCAGCAGAUGUCGGAGCAGUUCAACCAAGGGCUGUCGCUGACCGGGAAGAUACCCACCGGCCAUUUCAACGCGGCCUUUGACUUCAGGCAGGGAUGGCAGAAAGACGCGGCCAACACCAAGACGCUGGCCUUCGAUGGGGUGUUCAUCACCCUCUACAACAUCCAGUUGCGCAAGUCUCAGCUCCUCCUCGCCGAUCAUGUCAAACAGGCCGUCCCCUCUUCUUGGGAUCCUGCAGCUCUCGCCCGGUUUAUUCGAAAGUAUGGUACCCAUGUUAUUGUCGGUGUUAAAAUGGGUGGGAAGGAUGUAAUUUAUGCCAAGCAGCAGCAUGCAUCCCCUCUUCAACCUGCAGACGUGCAAAAAAAAUUGAAGGAAAUGGCAGACAAACUUUUUAUUGAUGGAGCUGUGCAGUACAGGGAAAAGGGACGUGGGCUAAACCUCAUGGAUACAUUUCCAUCCAGUUCUUACUCUCAAAUGGAGGUGCAGGACAUCGUAUUUGAUUGCAAACGUAGAGGUGGAAGCACUAAGAAAAAUCUACCUCAUGGCGAGUGGAGUCAAACUGUUAUAUACGAACCUGAUGUUGUCUCAAUGACAUUGAUCCCAAUCGCAUCAAUGCUAAGUGGUAUUCAUGGAAGUGGAUAUUUGAGUCAUGCGAUUAACCUCUAUCUGCGUUAUAAACCACCCAUGGAAGAGCUACAUCAGUUUUUAGAGUUUCAACUUCCGAAGCAGUGGGCACCUGUAUUUGGGGAGCUUGCCCUUGGUCCUGACAAGAAGCAACAGAGCAGUGCAUCUCUUCAGUUGAGCUUUAUGGGUCCAAAGCUCUAUGUUAACACAACUCCGGUUGAUGUAGGCAUGAAGCCAGUCACUGGCCUUCGGUUAUAUCUUGAGGGGAAAAGAGGCAACUGCUUGGCGAUCCACUUGCAGCACCUUUCAUCGUUGCCGCAGACCUUCCAACUAGUGGAUGAGUCAAACGGUCACUUCUCCAAUCCUUCAUCGGACCGUAGAUACUAUGAGAAAGUUCAAUGGAAGAGCUUCUCACAUGUUUGCACAGCUCCUGUUCAGUCCGAUGAAGAUCUCUCAAUCGUCACAGGGGCCCAUUUUGAAGUGGGAGAUUCUGGCUUGAAGAAAGUUUUGUUCCUGAGGCUUCAUUUCUCAAAAGUUGUCGGUGCCACAGUUGUGAGACAAGCAGAAUGGGCUGAUUCCCCUGCCUCACACCAAAAAUCUGGCAUUAUCUCGACUUUGAUUAGCACUCGUUUCUCGAAUGGUCAGAAACAACCUCCCCCCAAACCAUCUGAUGUGAACAUUAACUCUGCAGUCUAUCCUGGAGGUCCUCCUGUGCCAGCUCAAACGCCUAAAUUGUUGAGGUUCGUUGACACUACAGAGAUGACCAGAGGGCCACAGGAUUCGCCCGGGUACUGGGUUGUAUCAGGAGCAAGGCUCCAAGUGGAUAAAGGGAAGAUAUCACUUCGAGUCAAGUAUUCUCUUUUGACCGUGAUAUUACCUGAUGAAGAGGCAGAUACGGAUUUGUAGGUUCCUGUCUGUUUUUUUCCCUGUUCAAUACAGAAUGUUUCCCCAAGCCAUGGGGUUGUACUUUAGCUUACACGGUCGAUUAUGAAUAUGCGAGCAAUUCAAUUAGGAGAUUGAUGUGCGUUGUAUAUAGAUUAUUUACAUUGCUUUAUGUAAUUUUUCUCCGAUACUUUUGGCUUAUUGGUAUAACUAAUUGUAAGUUAAACAUGCGCAAAGUCAGAAACAAUGAUUGUUUACUCUUCA